GCCGCCGCACGCACUAUCAUUUGAGAAUGAGAAUUUGAGAUUCUUGUUAAAUACUCGCAUUGUCUCUCGCACAUUUGUCACACUGUAACGCCUUUUUCUACACCUCUCUUCUUCAGUCAUCCAAUUUCUUCAUAACAUUACUUCCAGGACAAAUAUGGUGAGUUUUGAUAAAGAUGGUAUUAAUGCCCAAGGUAACAACAGCAUCACUGAACCGAAAAAAAGAUCUUGUGGAUUUGUUAAAGAUGAUUUCUUGCCAGAAGAAUCAUUCCAGAGCUGGUCAAACUACGGCAAGGCCUUGUUGGAGACUAAAACACGUCUAAAAGACCGCUUAUUGGCACGGUCAUCAGAUCAACUUGAGCUCCAUGAUCUGCGAGCCCGAAGUCAGAAUGAGAUGAGAAAGACUCUUAACUGGUUUGACCUCAUUUGGUUUGGUGUUGGGGCAGUCAUGGGUGCUGGGGUUUUUGUUCUCAGUGGUGAAGCAGCCCGGGAUUUAGCUGGCCCGGCUGUUCUGUUGUCUUAUCUCAUUUCGGGCUUUGCUGCUUUACUCUCAGUCCUCUGCUAUACAGAAUUUGCAGUUGAAUUACCUGUGGCAGGUGGGUCAUUUGCUUACUUAAGAGUUGAACUUGGUGACUUUAUAGCUUAUAUUGCUGCUGGAAACAUCCUUUUUGAAUACGUUGUAGCUGGAGCUAGUGUGGCCCGUUCGUGGACAUCGUAUUUUGCAACAUUAUGUAACCACGACCCAAAUGAUUUCCGCAUAAAUGUCACAUCUUUAGCAGAUGGGUUUAAUCACUUAGACCCGAUAGCAGUUGGUAUCUCUAUACUAAUUUGUGCUAUUGCAUCGUUCAGCAUCAAGGGUUCAUCGAGGUUCAAUUCAGUUGCAACGAUAAUCUACAUGACUCUCAUGGUCUUCAUACUCGUGGCAGGCGUUACAAAAGCAAACACGUCUAAUUUUCAACCUUUUGCACCUUUUGGGGUUCGGGGCGUUCUAAAGGCGUCAUCGGUGCUUUUCUUUGCCUAUGUCGGCUUUGAUGGGGUUGCCACACUAGGUGAAGAAACCAAGAAUCCUGCUAGAGAUAUACCGGUUGGAUUAGUUGGAUCCAUGAUGAUUGUCAUCACGAUUUAUUCACUUUUAGCUACGGUUUUGUGUCUUUUGCAGCCUUACACCCACAUUGACCGAGAUGCACCCUUCACGAUUGCGUUUCAUGCAGCGGGAAUGAACUGGGCUAAGUAUAUCGUCGCAUUAGGUGCAUUAGAGGGAAUGACAACGGUUCUGCUGUCUAACAUUAUUGGGCAAGCUCGGUACUUCACACACAUUGCUAGAACCCAUCUGGCUCCACCAAUCCUAGCCGUAAUUCACAAGAAACGUGGAACACCCGUGAAUGCCACCAUCAUAAUGACUGCAGCAAACUGCCUAGUCGCAUUCUUCACGAACCUGGACAUCCUGGCUAACCUUCUUUCAAUCUCCACACUCUUCAUUUUCUCACUGGUGGCAAUAGGUUUGUUAGUGAGACGAUUCUACUCAACAGGAGAGACAUCUGCAGCUGAUAGAAAUAAGCUGAUUGUGUUUCUGAGUCUGAUCAUCUUGUCGGCUAUUGGACUCUCAAUACAAUGGGCAUUGAAUGUCAAUAGCUGGGUGGGUUAUGUAAUUAUGGUUGGGGUCUGGUUUGUAUCGACUUUGGGACUUCAAUUGUCAGUGAAACAAGCAAGGAAUCCAAAGCUGUGGGGUGUGCCAAUGGUUCCAUGGUUGCCAUCAGCUAGUGUAUGCAUUAAUGUAUUCAUUAUGGGGUCGAUUGAUGGUGCAUCUUUCUUGAGGUUCUUGGCUUGGACCGGCUUUCUGCUCGUGUACUACUUUUUUGUUGGACUGCAUGCUUCAUAUGAUGCAUCAAAGGAUGUUAUGAAGGCAGAGGAGGUUAAAGGCAAAGGUGUGGAAACGACUUCCGAAGCUGUGUAACUGAAGACAAUAACUAACAGCAAAAGAGUAGUUGUGUUUUGUUUUGCAGAUUUGGUAAUCUUUUUACUCUCUGAAAUCCUAAGAUUACAUAGUAUCUAUGUAAGGGCGUAAUGCAGCCGUUUCUCUCACAACUGUAAUCUUCAUUGCUAUUAUUAACCAUCGUAAGGUGGCCGUUGAACACAUGUUUUUUUGUUGCAAGGGGACACAUUUGCUUGUUUUGAAGCAUAUUGAUAUAUGAAUGAGCAUUGAUUCAAUGUUUACGAAA